AUGAGCUGCUUCGGCUGUUGUGAAGAUGAUGAUAUGCAUAAAGCGCCCGACCAUGGAGGUCCAUACAUGGUCAAAAACCCAGCAGGAAAUGAGGGAAGCAAUCACGCCUCAGGAACUGCACCUAGGGGUGCUCAAGCUGUAAAGGUCCAGCCUAUUGAAGUUCCUACUGUACCAAUAGAUGAACUUAAGGAAAUUACCGAUGGCUUUGGGACAAGUGCUUUGAUUGGAGAGGGUUCAUAUGGAAGAGUAUACUAUGGCGUACUCAAAAGUGGGCAGCAUGCAGCAAUCAAGAAGUUAGAUGCGAGCAAGCAACCUGAUGACGAAUUUCUGGCGCAGGUUUCUAUGGUAUCAAGGCUGAAACAUGACAAUUUUGUUCAAUUGCUUGGUUAUUGUGUUGAUGGGAGUUCACGUGUUCUUGCCUAUGAGUUUGCAUCUAAUGGAUCUCUUCAUGAUAUUCUACAUGGAAGGAAAGGUGUUAAAGGAGCACAACCUGGUCCAGUUUUGUCAUGGGCACAGCGUGUUAAAAUUGCCGUGGGUGCUGCAAAAGGGCUCGAGUAUUUGCACGAAAAGGCUGAUCCCCACAUCAUUCAUCGCGACAUCAAGUCUAGCAAUGUGCUAAUAUUUGAUGACGAUGUUGCUAAGAUUGCGGACUUCGAUUUGUCCAAUCAAGCUCCUGAUAAUGCAGCACGUCUUCACUCCACUCGUGUGCUAGGAACUUUUGGUUAUCAUGCCCCUGAAUAUGCAAUGACUGGACAGUUGAAUGCCAAGAGUGAUGUUUACAGUUUUGGUGUUGUUCUGCUUGAACUUUUGACUGGAAGAAAACCCGUUGAUCAUACAUUACCAAGGGGACAGCAGAGUCUAGUAACAUGGGCUACACCAAAACUCAGUGAAGACAAAGUUAGGCAGUGCAUUGAUUCAAGACUAGGAGGAGAAUACCCACCAAAGGCGGUUGCGAAGAUGGCUGCAGUUGCUGCCUUGUGUGUGCAAUAUGAAGCUGAUUUCCGCCCAAACAUGAGCAUUGUUGUCAAAGCUCUCCAACCCCUGUUAAACGCUCGGCAGCAUGGACCCACAGGGGAAGUACCAAACUUGUGA